UGUAGGUACAGCCGCUGGAUGGGAAAUGGGAAAUUACAUGUUAACAACCAAAGUGACAGCAACAAAAAAUAUAGUAAAAUGUAACAGGGAUCAGGCUUAUGGCCGCGUUCAUGACGCUCGGUGCACUUUUUGUAACGACUUUUAAAAGCUUCCGUCACCGUUGGUCGGCUAACGUUAGCGAACUAGCGGGAUAGCCCAUGUAAGCAAAAGCUACUGAGGUUAGAUGGCCAGUUUGAUCGAGGACUUCUUGUACAGUAUGUAAAACAUGGGGAGCAUCCGGGAGGAGAAGGACGUGUCGUGAAAGGUGCUGUGUCCUGUCACGUUUUUACAUAUUAUGGGAAUUAAGUAGUGUUAAUGUUGUGAUGUUGCCUGGAGCUGUAGUGAGCGCUCGCUCGACAGUACCUAAAAAAAUCAAGACUAGUAGGCUGUCUAUUCAUUAAAUGUUAGUCACGUGUGUGUGGUUGCUAACGAGUAGGUAAAUGUAUCAUAUGGGCAACACAAUUUCAUACUACUGUACUUCAGUAUAACUAACGAUAGCUAAUUCCAUUUCGAUGCAUGUGUUUUAUGCCGUAUUAAUGGUUCAUUUGGAGAAGGGAAUGGAUUAAGCAAUGAAUGCAUGAGUUAUGGCACAACAGUUACUAGUGGAUAUUGUAUACAUGAGCAAUAUAAUAAGACCCCUGCGAUGUGAUAGGAAACUUUACUAUAAUGUUCACUUUACUACGCUUCUAUUCAAGAGGUCCAUUUUGUAGUGUCACUAAUGGCUGUAAACACAAAAGAAAAGAGGUAUUUGGACAUUAACCUGCAACUUAGCCUGUUUUCUAUUAUUCUUCGUUACUGUACUGUGCAGUUUUGUUGUUGAGGGUGUGGUUGACACUAAAGGACAUCCAAUACAAGAGAGUCAAAUAUCAUAAUAACAGGUUUUGACUGACACAGCCUAUUUAUGUGUUUAUUAUUGGAUGUAGUUUGCAUUGGUGCAGAACAGCACUGCACUAUGAGAGCCCUUUCUAACAUGUCGCCCGUCAUUCCUAAUGUGGAUGAAAUGAGAUAAUACCUGCAGAUUCAAGUACGACUCCACUAUAGUAAACUACAGUGGAGCCUGUUUAUGUUGACGGCCCUCGGAGUGGCUGAUUCGUGUCAAGGUGAACACGCACAUUUAUUGACUUUCACCAGAGACAUAAGGGGAUUGGAUGAUGUGUUUCAUCAAGCUCAGAGUGCAGCACCAAGCUUCAGCUAUGAAAGGCGGCUGUACAAUCUGUAAAGCAGCAGCAUGCUUCAUCAUCACCGGAUGACUGCUCCAUCCAAACAAUACGAGCGAGAACAGUUGUCACGUCAUCAUACAGCCAUGGGCAUCUGUGCAUCUGCGUGCAAGAUGUUGCGCAGGGGGAAGUACUUUUUCCUGCUGCUCCUCUGUUUGUCUGUGCUUGCAUGGAUCACCAUGUUUUCAGGGGAAACAGUCAAACCUGUUCCCGUCUCCUCGGUGGCGGCGCAAAUUCUUGUUAAACCGGAGAGCACGCACGAUACGCCUCACUCGUGGACGUCAGUGGUAGAUAACUCAAUUACUCCAACACCUGUACAGGAGUGUCCUCAGGAGUCGCCGCUGCUAGAAGGCGCACUGAAGCUGAACUUUAAGCCCUCCCUGACACUGAAGGACGUGGAGGCCGAAAACAAGCGAGUGGCUCAAGGCCAGUUUGAACCUUCAUACUGCACGGCCAGGCAGAACGUGGCCAUCCUUAUUCCCCAUCGCAACCGAGAGCGGCACCUCCUCUACCUGCUGCACCACCUGCACCCCUUCCUGCAGAGGCAGCAACUCCACUAUGCAGUUUAUGUUAUCCAGCAGGCUGGUGAUGCCACUUUUAACCGUGCCAAAUUACUCAACGUGGGUUACUUAGAGGCACUUAAGGACUACAAAUGGGACUGUUUCAUUUUCCAUGAUGUGGACUUGGUUCCUGAAAACGACCACAAUCUCUAUAUCUGCGAUACUCAACCCAAACACCUGGUGGUCGGGCGCAAUUCCACCGGAUACAAGCUGCGUUACAAAGGCUACUUUGGAGGCGUAACAGCCAUGAGCAGAGAGCAGUUCCGUCAAGUCAACGGCUUUUCAAACGCGUACUGGGGUUGGGGUGGAGAAGACGACGACCUCUGUGCCAGGGUGGAGCUCCAGAAAAUGAAGAUUGUACGGCCGCCUGCUGACAUUGCCCGAUACACAAUGGUAUUUCACAAACGGGACAGCGGCAAUGAAGUCAACAAAGACAGGAUGAAGCUUUUGGGACGGACACCUAUUGUAUGGAAAAGGGAUGGACUCAAUAGCUGCUCAUAUAAGACCUUGUCAGUGGAGAGGCCGCCGCUUUAUGUCAAUGUGACCGUGGACAUUGGGAAGCCACAGAGCUGAGGUUUUUAAAUCAGCUCACGUUACAGCAUUUUCAAAUCAUAACUGGUUACCACAAGAGCGCCAAACUCCAACCACAUCGUGUGUAAGACAUAACACGUGCACGUUCGCUGGUGCAAUGUGAAAGGCGAUGGAUGCUGUGUUCAAAUCUGAUGAAUUCUUUGUCUCGUAUGUUAAUGCAACAUUUCAGCUGGGGGGGGUGGUCCAAUGUGAUUUUUUUUUUUUUUUUCUUCAUGGCACCCCUGGCUGUGUUGUAGAACAGUCACACACAUUUCAAAGGCUCUUCAUGUGAAUCUCUAAGUGCCCAAAUAUAGACACAGUACUGUUUGGUUAUUAAGUAUCGAAUGUGACUUGUCAUUUUUUUUGUCUUUUUUUUUUUUUGUUCAGCAAAAGGCUUUUUUUAAGCUCAUUUGCACUUUUUAACAUUUCAGCUCCAUAUUUUGUCUACACACUUCUCAACGUAUCUGUGACCAAAUGUCUUUUGAGAGGAGACUGAACUGCCUAGCUGAGAUCAAAUUCACGUUUGAAGUUGAACACGGGAGGGAAUUAUGUUUUGAGACACUUAAGCUGAUCAAAAGGCAACCUUGAUAUUAUUUCUGGACUGACACGGAUUGAAUCUAAGUUCAGUAAAAGUAGCAAUACAACAAAAGUACUCAGUGGGAACUGAGAAUUGUCGAGUAAUGUUUGUUUCAACACUAAAAGAUGGGCCCCAUGUAUGAAUUGACCAUUUAGAUGUAAUUAUUCUUGGCUGAUUAUUCUGGAAUCAUCAAUACACUUAGACUUAGAGUAGUGAUGUUCAGCGGAAUUAUUCCAAUGUUGUAUACUACUACUGUAUACUGUAUACUAUUUACGUCUAUAGUUCAAAUUGUGAAUCUCGGAUGGGUAAACAAGUUCCAAAAUCUCGCCAGUGAUAUAACAAGUGACCUUGUAGGAUUUGGUGGAUGCUGUAAAACCUUUCAUCAAAUCACCUCAAUAAAAAUAGUCAUAUUACUUGACUGCCUCUUGUUAGUAAGCAAGGACUUCUUUUUAUCCUGUAAAGUAAGCCAGAAUAAGACUUGUUACUAUAUUUAUAUAGUAUAGUAUAUUAUCUAUAGUUGACUUGGGUGGUGGAUUAUUAUUUAUUACCUUACAAUGUGACCAAUCAAAAUAACCUGUUACUUAGUAUGUAGACAUAACUGCACGAGUCUUGACAUGCACAUAUCAGUUUAUGUCACCAUCCAACCUUUGAAUGACACCUCCCGAUCAUUCCAGAUGCAUUGCCAAUCCAGAAGGACUGAUUUUGCUGUUUUAUUUUGAAUUUGAGAAUGUCAUUGGUGGAUGUAUUAUGGGAGAAGACAUUAUGACUGAAUAUGAUACAUUUUAUUACUACAAAAAAGUAAAUGUCUAAUAAACUAUUAUUUUCUUAUUGUCA